GCUUUGUUGAUUCCGAGCUUGAACUCAACUGAACACGGAAGAACUGCUCCAGGAUUAGUUCACUGUUCUGUCAGAGGACGUAUUUCAUAACUUUUGACUCUGUGAACCGGUUUUGAUUCAUUCGACCCACUUCUGUGAACCGACAGGUACUGAUUCGACUCAGUUCUGGUCAGAUCAGUUAAAACCUGAUCCAUGAUUUUUAGCUUGCACAGGCGUACUGACAUCCUGUUAAGUUGGGAAUUUGACCGAAGUGCGUCUCUCUUCUCUUGAGUGCGUUUUUCAAGGUGUAGUGAUGUCACAGCGGGACAUCAUCGAUUUUUCUGCGCUGGAGAAGGAGCUCAAGGCAGCGGUGGAGUCUGAGAGAAAAUACCAGCAGGAAAACCAAGCGAAGCUGAGGGCCGUGAGCCAGGGAGUGGAUUACGAUCAGUUCAGAGGUCUGGUACUGACCUCUCACCUGAAGCCUCUGGACAAGAAGGACAGAGACGGAGGUCCACGGAAACAACCAUGGAACCCUGUAGCUCCGGGAAACACGUGAUGGACCAUCACUCCAGGCAGGAUGGUCCAAUCUCCAUCCAGUACAAACUCUGUGGUGUGAUCCUGCUGUUUGUUCUUCUAGGUUUAUGAAAAGUUUAGCUUCAGGUGUUUUAUUUUAAAACAUUGAUUUGAUUUUUAUUUGUUUAUUAAACACCAAGAACUCCAGAUAUAAGCUAACAGUUUCUCCUUGAAUGUUUCUAAUAAACUUCUCAUUUUAAAAUCUCUGCAGU